GGUCGCCGCGUCCGCCGGGCCGGACCGGACUAGAGGCGCAGCCGCGCGGACCGGGGCCGGGGUGGGGCGCGGGGGGCAACCGGGCGAUGCUCACUGGGACGCCGCCGGCCGCCGGAGCGAGGUGCGGCCGGCCGCCACCAUGACCGAGGGCGCGCGGGCGGCCGGCGACGUCCGGGUGCCCCUGGGUGCGCCGGCCCCGGCCAGUCCCGGGGGGUCGGGGCCCGGGUCGCCUCCCGAGAGCCCCGGGGCCGAGCGAGGCGCGGAGCUGGGCGGCGACGAGCAGCCCGUCCCGUACCCGGCGCUGGCGGCUACCGUCUUCUUCUGCCUGGGGCAGACCACGCGGCCGCGCAGCUGGUGCCUCCGGCUGGUGUCGUCCACGUGGUUCGAGCACGUCAGCAUGCUGGUCAUCAUGCUCAACUGUGUCACCCUGGGCAUGUUCCGGCCUUGUGAGGACGUCCAGUGCCGCUCUGAGCGCUGCCACAUCCUGGAGGCCUUCGAUGACUUCAUCUUCGCCUUUUUUGCGGUGGAGAUGGUGGUGAAGAUGGUGGCCCUGGGGCUGUUUGGGCAGAAGUGCUACCUGGGGGACACGUGGAACCGACUGGACUUCUUCAUCGUCAUGGCAGGCAUGAUGGAGUACUCUCUAGACGGACACAACGUGAGCCUCUCUGCCAUCCGGACAGUGCGUGUGCUGCGGCCCCUCCGUGCCAUCAACCGGGUGCCCAGCAUGCGGAUCCUGGUCACGCUGCUGCUGGACACGCUGCCCAUGUUGGGCAACGUCCUCCUGCUCUGCUUCUUUGUCUUCUUCAUCUUUGGCAUCGUGGGAGUCCAGCUCUGGGCUGGCCUGCUGCGCAACCGCUGCUUCCUGGACAGCACCUUUGCUAGGAACAGCAACCUGAGCUUCCUGCGGCCCUACUACCAGCCGGAGGAGGGCGAGGAGAACCCGUUCAUCUGCUCCUCACGCCGAGACAAUGGCAUGCAGAAGUGUUCGCACAUCCCCAGCCGGCGGGAGCUGCGCGUGGAGUGCACGCUGGGCUGGGAAGCCUAUGGGCAGCCGCCGGCCAGCCGCAACGCCUGCAUCAACUGGAACCAGUACUACAACGUGUGCCGCUCGGGGGACGACAACCCCCACAACGGCGCCAUCAACUUCGACAACAUCGGCUACGCCUGGAUCGCCAUCUUCCAGGUGAUCACACUGGAGGGCUGGGUGGACAUCAUGUACUAUGUCAUGGACGCACACUCCUUCUACAACUUCAUCUACUUCAUCCUGCUCAUCAUCGUGGGCUCCUUCUUCAUGAUCAACCUGUGCCUGGUGGUGAUCGCCACACAGUUCUCAGAGACCAAGCAGCGGGAGAACCAGCUGAUGCGGGAGCAGCGUGCCCGCUACCUGUCCAAUGACAGCACGCUUGCCAGCUUCUCGGAGCCAGGCAGCUGCUACGAGGAGCUGUUCAAGUAUGUGGGCCACCUCUACCGCAAGGUCAAGCGGCGGGGCCUGCGCCUCUACGCUCGCUGGCAGAACCGCUGGCGCAAGAAGGUGGAUCCGAACAGCGCCCUGCACGGCCAGGGCCCUGGGAGGCGGCAGAGGGCGGCCCGGCACGCGGCUUCCAUCCAUCACCUGGUGUACCACCACCACCACCACCACCACCACCACUAUCACUUCAGCCACGGCAGCCCGCGCCGGCCCGGCCCUGAGGCGGGCACUCGGGACAUCAGGCUGGUGCGGACAGGGGCGCCAUCCUCCCCACCCUCCCCUGACCGAGGGCCUCCAGACACUGAGUCCGUGCACAGCGUGUACCACGCAGACUGCCACGUGGAGGGGCCGCAGGAGAGGACCCGAGCACAGGCUGCUGCCACGGCUGCCGCUGGCCUGAAGCUGACCGCAGGUCUAGGCGCCAUGAACUACCCUACCAUCCUGCCCUCGGGGGCUGGCGGCAAAGGCAACCUCAGCCCUGGCACCAAGGGGAAGCGAGUAGGAGGGCACAGCCUGGGUGGCCCAGAUGCCUAUGAGAAGAUCCAGCACCUGGUGGGAGAGCACGGCCUGGGCCGGGUCCCUAGCCGCCUGUCCGGCCUGAGCGUGCCCUGCCCACUACCCAGCCCGCAGGCAGGCUCCUUAACCUGCGAACUCAAGAACUGCCCAUACUGCACGGGUGCCCUGGACCAGGCGGAGCUGGAGCUCAGUGGCUCAGACAGUGGAGACUCAGAUGGCGUGUAUGAGUUCACGCAGGACGUGCAGCAUGGUGACCACCGGGACCCCCUGCAGCCGCCCCCGGCUGACUCCCCGGGUGGCACGCGGAGGCGGGCAUCCAGACGGGUGGCCCCCAACGAGCAGGAGGGCCAGGGCCAUGUGUGGGGCGCCCUGAGCCACAAGCUGCGCCGCAUCGUGGACAGCAAGUACUUCAACCGUGGCAUCAUGGUGGCCAUCCUAACCAACACGCUGAGCAUGGGUGUGGAAUACCACGAGCAGCCAGACGAGCUGACCAAUGCCCUGGAGAUCAGCAACAUCGUCUUCACUAGCAUGUUCGCCCUGGAGAUGCUGCUCAAGCUGCUGGCCUGUGGACCACUCGGCUACAUCCGGAGCCCUUACAACAUCUUCGAUGGUGUCAUAGUGGUCAUCAGCGUCUGGGAGAUCAUCGGGCAGGCGGAUGGCGGGCUGUCGGUGCUCCGCACCUUCCGGCUGCUGCGGGUGCUGAAGCUGGUGCGCUUUCUGCCGGCACUGCGGCGGCAGCUGGUGGUGCUGAUGCGGACCAUGGACAACGUGGCCACCUUCUGCAUGCUGCUCAUGCUCUUCAUCUUCAUCUUCAGCAUCCUGGGCAUGCACCUCUUUGGCUGCAAGUUCAGCCUGAAGACAGACUCAGGGGACACGGUUCCCGACAGGAAGAACUUUGACUCACUGCUCUGGGCCAUCGUCACCGUAUUCCAGAUCUUGACGCAGGAGGACUGGAACGUCGUCCUCUACAACGGCAUGGCCUCCACCUCAUCCUGGGCUGCCCUCUACUUUGUAGCCCUGAUGACCUUUGGGAACUACGUGCUGUUCAACCUGCUGGUGGCCAUCCUGGUGGAGGGCUUCCAGGCGGAGGGUGAUGCCAGCAGGUCUGACACGGAUGAGGACAAGGUGUCUGCCCACCUGGAGGAUGACCUGGACAAGUUCCGGGAGCUGCAGGCCUCAGAGAUGAAAAUGUACCCACUGGCCAUCACCCCCAAUGGGCACCUGGAGGGCCAAGGCAGCCUGCCUCCACCGCUCAUCACACACACGGCGGCCACACCCAUGCCCACCCCCGAGAGCUCACCGCCCCUGGAUGCCCCUAGCCUGAUGGACUCUCGGCGUGGGAGCAGCAGCUCUGCAGACCCCUCACCUGGGGACCAGAAGUCACUGUCCAGCCUCCGCAGCUCUCCAAGCGCCGCCUGGGGCACCCACAGCGCCUGGAGCAGCCGACGUUCCAGCCGGAACAGCCUGGGCCGAGCACCCAGCCUCAAGCGCCGCAGCCAGUGUGGUGAACGGGAGUCUCUGCUGUCGGGCGAGGGCAAGGGCAGCACGGACGACGAGGCCGAGGAUGGACGGCCGGGCACCACCCCACUGAGGCGCACAGAGCCCCUGGACCCCCGCGGCCCCCUGGCCCUACGGCCUUUGCCACCGGCCACACUCCUGUCCGCCAAGCUGCCUGGCUGCAACGGACAGGUGCUGGCCCUGCCAGAUGAGUUCUUUCUGCGCAUUGAUGGCCACAAGGAGGACCCGUGCGAGCUGGACGAUGACAUGGAGGACAGCUGCUGCGCCCGUCUGCACAAGGUCCUGGAGCCCUACAAGCCCGAGUGGUGCCGACGGCGGGAGGCCUGGGCCCUCUACCUGUUCUCCCCACAGAACCGGUUCCGGGCUUCCUGCCAGAGGAUCAUUACUCACAAGAUGUUCGACCACGUGGUUCUGGUCUUCAUCUUCCUCAACUGCAUCACCAUCGCCCUGGAGAGGCCCGACAUCGACCCGGGCAGCAAUGAGCGAACUUUCCUCAGCGUCUCCAACUACAUCUUCACCGCGAUCUUCGUGGCUGAGAUGACUGUGAAGGUGGUGGCCCUGGGCCUGGUGUCCGGUGAGCACGCCUACCUGCAGAGCAGCUGGAACGUGUUGGACGGGCUGUUGGUGCUGGUGUCCCUGGUGGACAUUGUGGUGGCCAUGGCCUCAGCGGGCGGAGCCAAGAUCCUGGGCAUCCUGCGAGUCCUGCGCCUGUUGAGGACCCUGAGGCCUCUGAGGGUCAUCAGCCGCGCACCAGGCCUCAAGCUGGUGGUGGAGACACUCAUCUCGUCCCUAAGGCCCAUCGGGAACAUCGUGCUCAUUUGCUGCGCCUUCUUCAUCAUCUUCGGCAUCUUGGGGGUGCAGCUCUUCAAGGGGAAGUUCUACUACUGCGAGGGCGCAGACAUCAGGAAUAUCUCCACCAAGGCCGAGUGCCAGGCUGCCCACUAUCGCUGGGUGCGGCGCAAGUACAACUUCGACAACCUUGGCCAGGCGCUGAUGGCCCUGUUCGUGCUGUCGUCCAAGGAUGGCUGGGUGAACAUCAUGUACGAUGGGCUGGACGCUGUGGGCGUGGACCAGCAGCCCGUGCCCAACCACAACCCCUGGAUGCUGCUGUACUUCAUCUCCUUCCUGCUCAUCGUCAGCUUCUUCGUGCUCAACAUGUUCGUGGGCGUGGUGGUGGAGAACUUCCACAAGUGCCGGCAGCACCAGGAGGCGGAGGAGGCGCGGCGGCGCGAGGAGAAGCGGCUGCGGCGGCUGGAGCGCAAGCGCAGGAGCACUUUCCCCAGCCCAGAGGCCCAGCGCCGGCCCUACUAUGCCGACUACCCACCCACACGCCGCUCCAUCCACUCGCUGUGCACCAGCCACUACCUGGACCUCUUCAUCACCUUCACCAUUGGUGUGAACGUCAUCACCAUGUCCAUGGAGCACUAUGACCAGCCCAAGUCCCUGGACGAGGCCCUCAAGUACUGCAACUACGUGUUCACCAUCGUCUUUGUCAUCGAGGCCGUGCUGAAGCUGGUGGCCUUUGGGUUCCGGAGGUUCUUCAAAGACAGGUGGAACCAGCUAGACCUGGCCAUCGUGCUGCUGUCCAUCAUGGGCAUCACGCUGGAGGAGAUCGAGAUGAACGCGGCGCUGCCCAUCAAUCCCACCAUCAUCCGUAUCAUGCGCGUGCUCCGCAUCGCCCGAGUGCUGAAGCUGUUGAAGAUGGCCACGGGCAUGCGGGCCCUGCUGGACACAGUGGUGCAGGCGCUGCCCCAGGUUGGGAACCUUGGCCUCCUUUUCAUGCUCCUGUUUUUUAUCUAUGCUGCCCUGGGAGUGGAGCUGUUCGGGAGGCUGGAAUGCAGUGAGGACAACCCGUGCGAGGGGCUGAGCCGGCAUGCCACCUUCACCAACUUCGGCAUGGCCUUCCUCACGCUGUUCCGGGUGUCCACCGGGGACAACUGGAAUGGCAUCAUGAAGGACACACUGCGCGAGUGCACGCGCGAGGACAAGCACUGCCUCAGCUACCUGCCGGCCAUCUCGCCCGUGUACUUCGUCACCUUUGUGCUGGUGGCACAGUUCGUGCUGGUGAACGUGGUGGUGGCGGUGCUCAUGAAGCACCUGGAGGAGAGCAACAAGGAGGCCCGUGAGGACGCCGAGCUGGACGCCGAGCUGGACGCCGAGCUGGCCCCGCCGCCCGCCCCCCCGCCCGGCCCCGACGACGCGGGCCUGCUGGUCGUACGCAAGGUGUCCGUGUCCCGCAUGCUGUCGCUGCCCAACGACAGCUACAUGUUCCGGCCUGUGGCACCUGCCCCGCAACCCCCGCGGCUGCAGGAGCUGGAGCUACGCGUCUGUCGCGGCGGAGCCGCCUCGGGCUCCUGCGCCUCCGCACUCUCAUUGCCUGUGGAGUCCUGCACUUCCCUCCAGGUGCCCGCAGCUGCGGGCAGUGACACCCCGCACACCAGUUCCCCCAGCCUCAACCGGCUCUGCAGACAGGAGGCAGUGCACACAGACUCGCAGGAAGGACAGACGGACGCCCCCGGGGACAGCUGGGGGGAGUCUGGAGGCAAGACCCCUUUGAGGAAGGUGUCUCUGGGGGCAGCCUUGCGCUCCCCACCACCCUCCCCCAAACCAGCCAGUGUCCGCACCCGCAGACAUCCCUUUGGCCAGCGCUGUGUGUCUAGCCGGUCAGCAGGGCCAGGCGGGGAGGAAGCUGAAGCCCCUGACCUAGCAGACGACGAGGUCAGUCGCAUCACCAGCUCAGCACGCAAUCCUGUGGCCUCCACCCCCCAGCCCUUCCUGUCCUUGCCUGAGCAGAGACGGGCUCCAGAGGAGCCGGUCACGGAGCCCGGCGCAGAGGACAAGGCGCGGGGCCCUGAGACAGAGCUGGGUCUGGGGGCGCGCAGGAAGAAGAAGAUGAGCCCCCCCUGCAUCUCUGUGGACCCCCCGGAGGAGGAUGAGGGCACAGCCCGGCCUCCUGCAUCUGAGGGCAGCAGUACCCUCCGGCGCAGGACCCCCUCCUGUGAGGCCACACCCCACAGGGACCUGCCAGAGGCUCCUGAGGGUGACCCCGCAGCCAAGGGGGAGCGACGGGGUCCAGCGAGCUGCCGCUCAGACCACCUGACCAUCCCCAACUUUGCCUUCGAGCCACUGGACACCGGAGGCCCCGGCGGUGGGGACAUGGAACUCCCAGAACUCCACCCAAAAGAGCCUUGUGUACCCUCCAGGGAUGCCCCAGAGAGGGUGCGGGGACUGCACCUCAAAGCCCCCCAGAGCCCUCCAAAGAUUGCAGGGAGCCCUCUGGCCACCCCUACCCCCACUGACACUUUGGAUGAGCCCGUGUGACUCAGGGUGCAAUCCUACUUGGCCAUGACAGUGGACUUGGGGUGACCUAGAGGGUGGAGGCCCCAGCUUGGGCACCUGUGCCAGCAGAGGAGCUGGGAAGCCAGCCCAGGAAAGGGAUGGGGUACUUGUCCUAGCCCAGCAGAACCGGGGUGGCCCUCGGCCACCAGCUGCCCCCCAACCACCGGGCAGGGACCCCAGGGGCCCAGGCGGGUCCUAUGAGGAGACGGUCAUGUCAGGGGCCCGGGGCCAGAGCCCCAGUGGACACCCAGCCCAGAGUGUCACACAGCCCACAGAUUCUUCUAGGCCACGCCUCACAUCACGCCACCCUCGUCCCGUCUCCCUGCUGUAUGUGCUGUCAGUGCACAGCACCAGCAGUGUCUUGGGUUGUAGGGACCUCGCAAUAAGACUCCCCACUGCAGGGCUGGCCACUGCCUGCACUGCCCUGUCCAUACGGAACAAAGGCUGCAAUAACUGUGGCAGGUCACUGGCUCCUGUUCCCGUGCGUGGGCAAAGCAAAUAAACCUAACUUAUUCAGA